AUGUCCUCCACCCGCAGUCUUCUGGAGGAGGCCCUCGCUGCACCAGACACACCUCCGGCAGAGUUUGCUGCAGACGCGGCUGCCUUUGCUCCAGCCUCCACACCCUCGCUAGUGGCUGCUCUGGAGGCUCCUUCACCGCCGCCGAGUUCAUCGUCGCCGCCGCCGAGUUUGUCACCGCCGCCGGGCCCGUCACCACCGUCGGGCUCGUUGCAGGCGCAGUCGUUGGAUGCGGCUGCAAGCCAGGCGCCAGUUCCGGUCAGCGACGCUGCUGCCGAUGGGCUGACCCGGGUCUCGCCGCUACGGGCGGUACCGGCCGACUCGCCCGAAACGUCUGGCAUUGUCCGGCUCUCGCUGCUCAAGAGCAUUUCGGCGUACAUGACCCGGCCAAAGCUGCAGUCGCGGAUGGGCUUGCCAACUGUGGUAGCGCUCGCAGCGCCCCCGCCCGCGCCAGAGCCGACUGCGUCGCACCCGGUGCUGCUCCUCGGCUCGUCACACGGCCUUGUGCUGCGGUUUAUGGCACGGACGGCGGCAUCGGGCAAGCGAGGCUAUGUGCUCGCCAACGUGCUCGGCUCGCUGGGCUCCGGCCCAGGCAUGGCCCUGGGCGCCAUCACCGCCAUCGCCGGUGGCUACUCGCCGGCCCACUUUGGCGAGUUCCAGGUCGUCGCCGCCGGCCACGCCUCAGGCGCACUCGUUCUGUGGAAUGCUGACGACGCUCGGCCGCUCAAGGUUCUUGACACGCUCGCGUCGCCAUCACCGGUCGCGCUCGCGAGCCUGGUUCUCGACAAGCCGGCAGUGCUUUGGGGCGACGCCUCCGGCGCGCUCUCGGUCACCUCGUUUAGCAAGGCGCUGCUCGGCUGGAAGGCCGAGACCGGGGUCCUCGUUGACGGACAGGCCGGGCGGGUGCACGACCUCAAGCCGCUGACCAGCGGCCGGAGCCUGGCGCCGCCGCAGAUCGCCUCCUCGUCGCUCUACGCCGUCGCCACCGCGGUCUCGGUCUCGGUCAUUAGCCUGCACCCAAAGACACGGGUUGUCUUCCGCCUCCCGUCGGCGACCAACGCUCCAGCCAGCGCAUCCGUCGGCGACUUUGGCCGCGCACAGCGUGGAGUCUCGCUGACCUCGAUCGCUUGCGACGAUGUGUCUGGACUUGUACCGGUCGCCGAGCGGCAGGCAAGCCUUGGCCCGCCCACGACCGCCGCCGUUGUCGAGUUGCGCUUCCUGUCGUCGUCGGUCCUCCUCGCGCUCACCUCGAACCUCACCAUCGUCUUUGUCGACGCCCACAGCCUCGCGCCGCUCGAGACGAUCUCAGUAGUCUCACUCGACCUGGCGUUCGAGACUGCACCCGACGGCGCAGUCUCGUACGCGCCAUGUCUUGCUGUGAGCGGGCGGACCGCCUUUCUGCUCGGCAUGGGCGGCCUGUACAAGGCUGCGGUUCUUACAUGGGCCGAGCGGGUCCAGGGCCUUGCGCAGCGCGGUAAGUUUGUGUCGGCGCUUCGCCUCGCUACGGCGUUCUACCGCGGAACCGGCGCGGCCGCUGUUGGCCUCCCGCUGCCCCACGACUCGCCACAGGCCAAGGCGACCAUCGCCAAGCUCAUUGCCGAGCUCCUGGUUGCUUACGUCGAACUGUUCAACGCGGCGCUGGCAGCCGAGGCCGGCGCUGGCCUCGAGACCAAGGUCUCCGCUCUGACCUCGCUUGUGGUCGAGACCUGCGUCCUCAUCCGCGCUACCGACAAGCUCCUUCCGCAGCUGUACGAGGCCUGCUGCACCGAAGCUCUUGUCCGCGACCUCGAGUCUGGCGAGCUGCUCUCGCCGCGCGAGACUCUCCUCCAGACGCUCGAGCCGUACCUGCUUGAUGGCCGGCUGCGAAGCCUGGCGCCAGUGUUGAUGCACGACUUUGUCGAGCUCUACGCCAAACUCGGCAAGCUGCAGAUUGUCUCGCGGUGCAUCCUCAACAUGGAUCUGCCGUCGCUCGACUUUCACCAGGUCGUCACUCUCUGCCGCUCAGCUGGCCUUUGGGAGGCGCUCAUUUACGUCUUUACCGCGGGCCUUGGCGACUACCUCGCGCCGCUUGACGACAUGUUCCGCGCCUGGCUCGCCGCCCAAAGCCGGGGCAGCGAGUCGGAUCUCGGCUACAAGCUCCUGCUCUACAUUUCGUACACGUUACAGGGCCGCGCCUUUCCCACCGGCGCCAUACCCGACGACCACGACCCUGUCCGGGUCAAGCUCUCGAUGGUGGCGUGGGUGCUCAAGCCCGGAGCCGACGGCUCGCCGCCGCCGCUCAACGCGCUGCUGCAGCUGGAUGCGCGCGAGGCGACCAAGGUUCUGGAGGGUCCGUUUCUCGACCCGGUGCUGCGCGCUGCCGGGCUCGAUGCGCGCCAGGCUGCGCUCCACGUUCUCGACACCGUGGUGUGCGACGAGUCCGAGUGGAAGCUCAUGAUCUCUGCUGAGGCCAAGACCGUGGCGCAGCCGCCAGCGCACGAUCCGCGCCCGCCGUUUGAACCGCAUGUUGUUGCUGCUGUCUACACGUGGUUGGCCAACCUCGCGGUCGCUGGCGCUCUUGUUCUUUCGCCGGUCUUUGCCGACUAUGUCAUGAUCUAUUUGGUGAGCUUUGACACUGCCGAGCCGCGCAUGGCGCACGCUCACGUAGCCGCCGUCGUGUCGCUGCUCAACGCCGAGGUGGCGCGUGCUGAGCGCGUGGCGUCGGAUGCGGUUCCUGACUCGAGCCUCAUGGCCGUGGUGGCACCGGGCGACGGCGCGCCGCCACUUCACGCUCGCUUUGCGUCACUCAAAAAAGCCGCAACCCGGGCGGCUGCGCACCGAGUCAUCGAGGUUCUCUGCCGGCUUGAGGGCGACACCGGCGGCGUGCUCGACGCCUAUCUCGACGAGCCGGCGCGGGCCCCGCAGGUCUUUGGCGUUGUGCGUGAGCUGCUGGUCACUGCUGCAGUGGCCGACGGCGACGGCGACGACGAAGACGAUGAGUACGACGACGAGUCGGAUGGCUCGGCGUCGGACGAUGUCGAGCACCUGGUGCGACUGGGUCUCCGGCCAGCACCGGGCCUGCCGCGCUCGAGCGCGCCGCUGGCAUCGCCGCUCGCGAGCGUCAAGGCUGCAGUGCUAGCGCGGCUCUCGGCGCUUGUCCAGCUCGACUCAGUCCAGGCCGGCUCGCUCAUUGUAGACCACUUUGCUGACGAGCACGAGCAGGUUGUGAGCUCGCUGGAGCGGUUUCCGCGGCUGUUGUACAACUACCUCAAGGCGCUGCUCGACGGCCCGCAGGCGAUGCUUGAUCCCGAUGUUGCGGUCGGGAGCGGCGAGACCGAGACGGUGGUCAUGGCGUCGCCAAGCUCGGCCGCGGCGUGGGGCUCGUCGCUUGGCGGAAAAGGGACGAGCGGGCGGCGUGCGCGUGCACGGCGUGCGCGUGCACGGCGGCGCGCAGCCGCCCGUGACGAUCCGGCGUUUCUUGCCUCGUUGCAGGAAAAGUACGUGGCACUGAUGUGCGCGUAUGAGCCGAGCAAGGUCCUCGAGUUUGUGCAGAGCCACGACUCGUACCGACUUGACGUUGUCCUCGCCGUCUGCUCCAAGCACGGGGUGACCGAGGCGACGGCAUAUCUGUUGGAGCGAACCGGUGACGCGUCGGGCGCCGUCGACCUCGUCAUGCGCAGGUUCGACGACGCCGUCGCCGCCAGCGACUCCGAGGCGCUGCACAAGAUGUUUGGCAUGGCCAUUGGAGUGUGUCAGCGGACGACGCAGCGUGAGGACGACGAUGCUGAGUCGCGGGCGCUCUGGUUCGGACUGCUAGACAGGACGCUCGAGCCGGGUAGUGGCGGGGCAAAGACAAGCCUGCUAAAGCCGCUCAUGCUCGAGGUGCUUGGCGGCAUGGCCGGCCACGUCUCGCUCACUGCGUUGCUGACCAAGAUCUUACGCGAUCAUGGUGACCGCGAGUACGGUGAGUUCCAGGACGUUAUCGUUGGCAUUAUGGAGUCGUAUCGCUACGAGUCUGUCCUGCUGCAGACGACAAACAAGCUCCUUGCCCGCGACGGACACUCAUACGUCCAGCGGCUGGUCCGGCAGCUCUCCAAGCCGUGCGUCUCGACGCUCACCAAGUGCGCCAUGUGCGGCGCAUCACUCCGGAGUGCGGCAGCUGAUCUGGUCACCAAGGUCUUCAAGUGCGGCCACGAGUUUCACCAAGAGUGUGGCCACGGGCUCGACGUCUGUCCUACCUGCUCGGGUGGCUCCGGAUUCUCGGCGGCGUCGGCCGGCUCGGCCGAGGCUCGCCGCAAACGCGAGCGCGACGACGCGCGUCGGUCGGCGGCUGACCCCUCGCUUCACAUCAAGCGGGCGAAGCGGUUUGCCCGCUCGAUGGCCUCGCGCGACAUGUACACCGUCCGCCGCAUGGACGCCGUCGUCGACGACGCCAACUACGACUCGGGCCUCCAGCUCAAGACCAAGCGCGAGCCCGGAAGCUUGCCCAAGGCCCCGCUGUUCUUUGCCGCCGUUGACGAUUCCGAUUCCGAUCUGUUUGACUAUGACUUUGGGUACUAG